GUCAACGGUUGCAAUGUGCACUGCUGCAGAUUCUCCACAUAUGAUUCGAUAUUGUAUGCCGUGACGUAUUUUAAAUUUUUCGAGCCAGCCAUUACUAGCCUUGAACUCAUCAGCAUCUGUUCCAUCUAGUUGUUGACGAAUUGGCCGAGCUUGUUCCUAUAUGAGUGGACCUGAAAUAGGAAUGUUCUUACUACGUUGAAUGACGAACCUUUCGUAAACUUUUUGAUCGAGCUGUUGAUUAAAUUCAUCUCGAAAGUUGCGUUUCUUGGUUGAUUUCUCAUUUUGUUCGUAACUUUCUAUGUAUUCUGCCUUGCGUUGGAUAAUAUUUGAUACGCUACCAAUCGAGAUUUUGUACCUCUCAGCAAGUGUACGAUAUGAAGCGUUCUCUUCAUUUUCACGAAUUAACUGCACUUUUUCAGAUAAAGUUAAUGUGUGUUUUGUCGCCAUUUUACAAUCGAAGAUAGAAAUGUAACGGGUGAAACCUAAGUUCCUGCACAAAUGUCGGUUCAUUUUUAAUUGGCUAAAGCAUGUGUGAAUAAAUUCGAAAGUACUUUUAUAGAAUCUACGUCGAAAGCUCUUUCUAACUGUAUGCUCAAAAAAGUUCUUGUACUUUUUAUCUUUCCGUAGGGAGCACAUCUUUAAAUAGUGCUAAAAUGAGGCUUGUAAAAGAAAACGAAUACCAAAAAAAGUACCAAGCCCACGGUAUUUUGCUACUUGUUUCGGUUCAUUUUGAGAGAUGUUGUUUACCUUUUUUUUAUUAGACUACCGUCUCUAUUCUCAACAAAUCAUGUGGGAAAUACUAUGGAAUUCUUUUUGAAAUAAUAUUGAGACAACUCACCGUCGAAUCUCUAGCCAUUAUCAGACUGAUGUUGCUACUACUUUUUGCUGUUCAACUUUGUCAUUUCUAAUCAUUGGCUCAGACAUACUCAUAGAGCGAGUAUCUCGAGCCAAUUAUAGCCAUCAUUUCAACUAGUUUUAUCGAAAAUGGCGCUAUUCGAGUUUCGAAAAAUUAUAUUGGCUCAUCAUCGUUUUCAUAUUCAGAUUUGACGUGGUUUCUUACACCGUUAUCUGUUAAAUUGUCGAUCACACUAUCUAACGUAUUACUGUAUGGUUUUCUAUUAAGUUUGUAGCGAAUUGAACGACGCAUUUAACCGACGAAAUAGCAGCACCAUACUAACGAUGGCUUUGGACAAUAUAAAAAAAUAUUGAAAGACUCAUUUUUUCCGUGCCCACUACUUUGAGCUGUUUUUAUAGACCAUGUUUGAGUUCUAUUUAAAGAUGUGCUCUCUGCUAAAAAACAAGACAUGAUAAAAAUUUUCUGGCCAUACAUUUAGAAAGAGCUUUCGACGAUGAUUCUGCACAAAUGCUUUCGAGUUUAUCCAGACAUGUUUUAGUCGACGAAAAGUAGACCAACAUUUGUGCAGGAACUUUUACAUCACCCGUUACGUUAUUCUCUCACACAGAAUCGAUUAACUCAUCGCUGAGGGUGUGGGUGUGGGUGGAUGUGAGGGUGGGGUGUGGGUGUGAGAGUGAGGGGUGUGGGUGGGUGUGGGUGGUGUGGGUGUGGGGUGUGGGGUGUGGGUGUGGUGUGGGUGUGGGUGUGGGUGUAGAUGUGGGUGUGGUUGUAGGAGUUACUCUCUCCUUCAUUCAUACCUACACCCACAUCCACCCACACCCAACCCACACCCACAUCCUCUUAAAGAUCGUUGUACCUUUGAUCAUCAGCUUGCAGUAUUCUAUCACUUUUUCAAAAUAGUCACCUUCCAAAAACACUUGAGAAACGCUCAUUGAGUAAUCUCUUAAAAACUAUAAUUCUUAAAUAUAUCAAGGCUCUGAAACAUGGUUUACACAAGAACGAAAACCGUGUCUCAAUAUCUUUUCGCAUUCGCGAGUUAUUUGAAAAUGAAGAAAAUUUAGGAAAAGAUGUUCUAAAAUCGGGAUGAAAAUACUAAGCUAAGAGGGUAAAUCAUAGAAUUUGGAAUGUUGGUAUAUUCGUUCUACGUGUUAAAAUGUAAACAUCAUUCCCUUCAAGAUACAAAAAUAAAGAAUCACCAAAACGCAUUUGUAAAUUAAAUCUAAAUUUAGUUUUUCAUAUCAAAUUGAUGGCUCAGUUUAAUAUUAUAUAGAUCAAAAUGACCGAAAAUAAACAGACGUUAAUUUAUUAAAAUUCCUUGAAAACAGAGAAUUAAAUCAGGCAAACUGAGUUAUGAAUUAAUAACGAUAGAUGAAAACAUAAAUAAUUGGUUCAAGUCUUAAAAAAAAUAUCUUAUUUAUCUUUAUUUCCUAACACCACAUAAAUAUUCUAUAUUGCUGAAAACAAAUUAAUUCAAACAAUUUUUGCUGUGCUAAGAGAAAGAUAUUAAAUCAUAAUUUGACGUGUACUCAAAAUUGAUUUAGAAAACAAAAAGAAUAUCGUUUUCGCAUUUUCUUUCAUAUACAGAGACGAGUAGUCUAUUUUUGUCGAGCUAAAUAUUGUAUAAAAGAAUUAUGAACAUUAAUACACUUUAUCUCAUUUUAUUAACCAUAUAUUGAAGUUAUUAAUGUUAAUUAAAUCAUAUCAUCUUACAUUGUGAAUAUUUUUGAUAAAAGUUUUACAAUAAGUAUAAUGAUUCAAAGCUGAAUACAUAAAUGCUUCUAUAAUUGACUGUUAUCGAGCGCCCCCUCUCUAUUUAUUAUCCACGAAAAAGGCUGUGUCAACUCUAUCCAAUGGCGAUUUUGUGUGUGUACGUCAAAGUGUGUGUAGCUUAUCUCAACCCUUCAAGAAAUCAAGAGAGAGGAACAUAUCGGAAUGUUGAUUUUGUUCUUUUUUUUGAAGAAAAAAAAUAGCAACAAAUAUUAGCCAUUGUCCACAUGUAGCUACAAUUGGAUUGAUAUCAAGAGAAGAUAAUCUCAAUGCUAUACAAGUUUGUAUUGUUGUUGCUUUUUUUAAAAUAAAAUAUUUAAAGAAUGAACAGAUACAUUGUAGUCUGAGAAAUGUGAUUGUAUUGAACCUCAUUUAUGGUUAUGUUUAACAGAAAGUUGUUGAUUUGUUGGUUGCGGUUUAGGAAAAGAAAAAAAAUGAUCAUGGUACUGAUCAUGAAAUAGAAAAAGCACAUCUACUUCAACUUCAUUCAACAACAAAAUGUAUUUGGUGUUAUGUUUGUAAUCAAGAAAUUCGUUUAAAUAAGAAUCCACCAUUUGAAUUAACAUUUUUGGAUCGUUCAAUAUUUCAAUCAAAAUCUCCUAAAUUAAUAAAUAAUAUAAAUCAAUCAAUAAAUAAUUCCGUUCAAGUAAAUGUUGUUAAUGUAAUUCAAGAAAAUUCUUUAAAUCAAUCAAUUAUUCGUCGAAAUCAAUCUGAUACAUGUUUUGAAUCAACACUUUUUGAAUUUGAACAUUCUGAUCCAACAGAUUUUACUCGAGGUAUAUCAGGUUUACAUAAUUUAGGUAAUAUAUGUUAUAUGAAUUCAGCUUUACAAGUACUUUCGAAUUGUGUUCCAUUAACAAGUUAUUUUCUUGAUUGUAUUCCAUUUAUUGAAACAAAUACAAAUCGUCGUAUAAAUGGUGAUAUAUCAAAUAUUAAAUCAAAUGGAAGAUUAGUUACAGCUUAUUUUAAAUUUAUACAAUCAAUGUGUCAUGUUAUUAAUCCAACUUCAAUAGCAGCAGAAAUUCGUUCAAUUAAUCGAUCAUUUCGUUCUUAUACUCAAUAA